AAUAUCCCGAAGGCUGUUACCUAGGAAAAGCGGCAGCCGCGAUCGAUUAUUUGCUGAAAGGGCGGAUGAUCUAGGGAAGACUGGGUGCGACGCGCCGAUGUAGAUUUUUCCUGCUGCGUGGAGAACUGAGGCCGAGUGUUGCAGCCCUAUAGAUCCUGGAACGCAGUAGCAGUUCCAUACGCCAUUCUCUCGCAAACCCUUGGUUGCUGAUCCGAGAAACUCUUGCGCACCGAUCGCUUCUUCUGUUCCCGACACUCAACAGUUCAGUUCCGUCUAGUACCACGUCUACCUCCAGCCUCCUGUUCUGAGCCUCGAGAAUACCAGCACGGACUCAGACUUAGGAAUUUCGUUGCAAGGAGCGCGAGUUGUCGGGUAGAGCCAAUCGUGUCCGGUCCUCUGGCGUUUCUACUACGAUAGCGUUUUCAAUCCUUACGACUCAUCGUAGCAUUCAAGGUCAGCACGGCGAACUCUCCCACGAGGCGAACUUUGGCGCGCCACCCAUCAUGUACCACUCGACCUUCGAGUGGACGAUCUUCGACGAAGCUGGUAACCUGAAUUCGUCCAUACUCGUCCAAGCGGCUUCGAAAGAUGCGCCCAUCAUCAAGAAGACAGCUGCCGCAAAGACAGCUCCGGCCAAGCCACUGCGGCUACCGAGUGACCUGACGACGAGCGACGGCUGCGAUGGCGACGUCGUGAGCGACAGCUCGGCAGCGAACGUCCUGUCGCAGGGCGGCGAGAUUUGCUGCGGUUGGAGCUGCGGCGGAAACGGGCAGCGGAAAUGGCGGGAGAAGGAGAACUGGGUGGCUGACAUCCUUCCCCUCGAACUCCGUAGCGCUCUUGGCGGAGAUGAGGCUUCAGAGAAGGAGGUGACUAUAGACGGACUGACUAAACCGGGAGUCGUCGACCUGGACGCUAUAACGAGCAACCUUGGGGUCUACGAGCUCGCCGUUUCGUCGACGUUGUGGGGCGAGGUGUUUCGGUAUCUGGCGGGAGGUGCGGAUACGAAAGCGGGAAAGGCGCUUGGGAGUUACGCCGGCUUCUCACUCCUGGAGAGCCUUUGGAACAGCGCCACGUCAGCUGUUCCACCUGGAGAUGACGAUGCGAAGGCGGCUAAUAACGCAACGGGGAAGGAGUCUAAAACGCGUACGAUUUUCUCCCUCCUCCAGCCCAAGUACUUCCUGCCGCCGCAACUGCCGGCGCACGCGGGAAGGAAGACUCUAAUCCUCGAUCUUGAUGAGACUUUAAUCCACUCCUUUUUCAGCAAGAUGGAAGAGACCGACGCGCAGUUUUACGUCGACAUUUUCGGGCAGAUGACCGACGUGUCGGUGCUGAAGCGGCCCGGAACGGACGCGUUUCUGGAAGCCGUGGCUGAGAAAUACGAGGUGGUGGUUUUUACGGCGAGUAUUCCAAAUUACGCGAACGCGAUAAUUGAUUGGUUGGAUCCCGAGGGGAGGUUGAUUCACCACCGGUUGUACCGCGACUCGUGCACAUGGUGGCGGGGAGGGUAUGUGAAAGACCUCGCUAAAGUGGGACGCGAUUUGAAAAACACGAUUCUCGUGGACAACAGCCCGCAUUCGUUCGCAUUUCAGACGAAAAACGGCGUUUGCGUGACAUCGUACAUUGACGAGGAAGAAGACGAGGAACUGACGGCGCUGACGGAGCCGCUGCUGAAGUUGGCGGAACAGGAUGGCGACGUUCGCGACUGGCUCUGGACGUGUUACGCCGAGGAAGAGUGAAAUAAUUAAAAGCGGGAGGGGCGAUAUGAAAUAAGUGGGAGAACCACUCAUAAGCUAGCCAAGCUUUUACCUACUCCCCAUGCAUUUCUCAUAUCCCAACCCCCUCUCAUCCCCACCCCUGUUAGAUACAACUCUUUCCUGUCAUGAUUUCAUUGUGCUUUCCUGUUGGAUGUGCAUGCAUGUAUUGUAGACUUCAACUAAGAAACUUUCUAAAGAUGC